CUUCUAAUUCUGUGAUAUACACAUAUAUAUCCCUUUAUACUACAAUUAUCGGAGAAUGGACUCGUGGGAGAGUCGAUUCAAACAAUUUCUAGACAGCCGCGGAGUGAAUAGAGUUCCACGACGUCGGAGAGAACGAGGUAAUCAAGAUAGUGUAGGACGAGCCACAGUUGACCAAACAUUACCGGACAUAGACGACAUUGAUGUGGACUUCAAUGAUGAUAGAGUGAUUGAAUUCUUUGGAUUGGAGUCGAUGGGUGAGAACCCGGACGCUGACGAGUUUUAUAUGGACAUUGAUGGCGAUUCUAUGGAGUACGUUGCAGGGUCGUUCCAUCGAGAUAGACGGUAUUCCAGAGAUUAUGUUGGAGAGGAUGAACCGGAAUUUAUAGAUCAAUAUCGUUCAUCUAGGGUUGUACAUCCUUCGUCUGCUAGUUCAGGAUCUGAAACUGAUGAUAACGAUGAUGAGCGAGAGGAAGAUGACGGGAACGAAUCCGGGUAUAGUACUAGUUCUGGUUCAGAAAUUGGUCUAGAUAGACCACAGGGAUCCCAUGCAAAUGAUGAAUUUGACUUUGCGGUAGAUGAUGACUCUAAUGAUGAGUCUAGUGAUACUUCAGCGGUGAAUGAUCAACAUCGAGGGGGUAGUGUGGCAACUCUGGUUCAACCACAUCCAAAUCAACUACCUAUAUCAUCGCAACAGGCAUUUUCUCAAUGGGAGUUCCAUGACCCUACCACAAUACAAGAAAUCCAAACCAAUGGUGGAGUGUAUGAUCCAUUCCGUCCUGACCUAUCUUCCGUCAACCCCAAUGACCCCUAUUCGAUGUCACGAUUGGCACCGGCUGCCAAAUAUCGUGAUCUGAUCCAACUCCGUCAUAUCGGUAAGAAGAAGCUCUAUGGGUUGGAGAACACCAGAAAAUAUAAAAAUAAUCUUUCGGUGGUAAUUGGGCAAUAUCUUGUCACUUGUUCUGCGUCUGAGCUUGUAAUGUAUUCCUUUGAUCGCAAUCAUCUUCCUCGCAAGACGCCCGUAUUGCGGUUUGAUGUAAGACCAAGGGAAACCACCAAUGAUGACCGAUUGGCCUCAACUUGGCCAUUUUUCCCCCAUACCAUCAAUUACGUGAAAACAGGAGUUUUCCUAGGUCACGAAGUUCUUGCCGUUUGCCUUGAUGACGGGAUGAUUCGUAUAUGGAAUGUGGAAACUAUAUUACAACAGGUGAAGCGAUUCGGUGGUGAAAAUGAUACUUCAGAUGAAGAGGAGGAGGAUGAAGAAAAUGAAGAUGACAAUAGAGGUAGAGGAGGGAGGUAUGGACUUCGGAUCAAGGCGGAUUAUCAAGUUAAAAUGAGCUGUUCAUGUUGGGGGCUCGAUUUUUAUAAAGCUAAAGACAAUAUCAUAGUGGCAUCAGAUAAUUAUCAAAAUGUUGUUCUACUUUAUUAUGAUGUUGGUGACAGAAGGUGGUAUCAUUGCGCGAGUCAUCAGGUGUUGCAUAACAUCCCUGAUGUGUCAUUCAUAGAGGUGGCAGCUACUCCCCAACAAUCUCAAGGUGUUGACGUCGACAUUACCCAAGUGAAAGUGGCAUGUUCAUCAAUCUCAGGUGAAGUAUUAGUAUUUUUAUUCAAAUUCCAUGUCUUGCAAGGCCCCUUGAUUGAACAAGAUUGGGUUGGUAAUCGUGAUGAGGAGGUUUAUUACGUUCUGAAAGGACUGGGGAACCUGGAUUCCGUAGAAGAAAGUAAUAUUGAAAUAUUGGGAGAGUAUCGGCUUUCAAGAAUCAUAUUUGAACUGGCAGAAGUCACCCAGAGAGUUGUACUACCAGAGGAAGCAUGGACUUGUAAACCAGUGUCCUCUCGUUAUUUCAAACCUGUGGCGUCCAUACGAGCCAUGGUGGGUGAUCCCUGGAUAGACGAAGACCGUGAGAUUGAAGAAAUCUCAAAGGAAUCACGACUCUUGGAUCAUGAAUAUGACCCUGUUCGUACCAGUCAUCUUGGCGCAGGCGCAGAUUGGCAAUUUUUUGAAACUCCAGUGCUUCAAUUAAGCGGACCAAUUUUUGGUCGUGAAGUAUUUGAAGGAGCUCAACUCACAAGUGUUGAUGAUACUUAUAGACGUAUUUAUAAGACCUAUGGCAGAACCGGUUCCACUUCUGAAACUACCCACUCACUUAAUGGGAAGUCUUACAGACCACCACCGCCGGUUUCUACCGACCAAUUUCUUGUUGUAUCUACUGCAAAGAGACUUGGUUUAUUCAGAGGAGACAGUUUAUUCUGUAAUGGAGCAACUAAACGUGUAUUUGAUGUCACUAUUCCAUUCAAUGAUGAGAGUAAGUAUGCCAAUAGAAUUCUGAUUGCCCAUGUGAUUCCAGAACUCCUGUGUCUUGUGGCGCUCACUCAGCAAGGUUUGGUUACGGUGAUGCGACUUUGUCAGCAUCGUGGUCUCUAUGGUAUGCGUCAAGAGCAUUUAUUCCCGAAUGCCUUAAGUCUAGCAUUAGGACAGACCGGAUAUCGUACAAUCACUGGUUUGGCUGUACGAAAUGUGUCUCCCUCGGAAGCAUUACCACGAUACUUGUUGUAUUUAACUUAUUCCGAUGGCCUAGUUCUCGUUCAUGAACUUCGAUUAGGUAAACUCGAAGAAAUUGAAGUGGAUUUAAUGAUGUAAAGAUAAAAGUGACUUAACGGUUGGUUGCAAUAAAAAUAAGUAGCUACGAAUUUAUAGAUUUCAAAAAAUUAGAGAAGAAUUUGCAGUCAAGAUCUUAUUUUA